AUGGCAUCCAAACGAACACUGACCGACUUUUGGGGAGGAAAUGAUUUGGAGAAAAAAUCUCAGGAGCAAUGUUCUGCGUCAGAAAUGAGAAAAGAUAGAAAACUUGCUACUCCUCGACGCAAAAUAAAAUCAGAAUGGUUUUCACGCUACCCGUGGUUGAAGUACGAUUCUGAAAAACAACUGUUCUUUUGCAAAUCGUGUAUUGCAGCAGGUAGAAGCAAUAUCUUCACCACAGGUAAACGAUCAGAAAAUCCAAAAGCAGACGAUUUUUCAAAACAUGAAAAAAGUAAUGAUCAUAAGUUCGCUGUGACAGCAGCGGACUCUACUGUUAAUGAAGAGAUGCCCCGAGCAGCGACGAAUGCGUACAGUGCCGUCAAAGAGGCUAUUGUGGCAGCCAUGAGGAGUGUUUACUUUGUUGCAAAAGAAGAUAUUGCGAAAAGGAAAGGGUGCAAGUCCUUAGAAAUUCUGCGGCAUUCAGACAGAGUUUGUUAUACGCAUAGUACUAGUGUUGACGACUUUUUGGAGUGCAUUGCCGAAGUAGUUGAAAAUGAAAUUAUUCGGAAAAUGAAGUCAGCAAAAUUCUACUCUCUAGAAUUAGAUGAAUCUACAGACAUUGGCAUUUGCCAAAAUCUCAUGAUCUACAUACGUGGUGUAGUAGAUGGAAAGAUUGAAUCACAUUUUUUGAGUGUCAGCAUGUUAUCUAGUGCAACUGCGGAGGCACUUUACGAAGAGGUGAAACAUGUUAUUGAUGACAAGGGCCUACUUCUUUCAAAUUUAAUUUCACUGGGUACUGACGGUGCCAGUGUUAUGACUGGACAGAGAAAGGGAUUAACAACUCGUUUUAAAGAGGACAAUCCGUUUAUUCUGUCACAACAUUGCGCUGCACAUAAACUUGCCCUAGCCAGUGGCCAAGCUGCAGACUGCAUUCCUUACCUUGUUAAAUACCAAGCACUUGUUAAUGAUCUUUAUAAAUAUCAUCAUUAUUCACCCAAGAAUCAGAAUAAGUUAACUGCUAGUCAGAAAAUAAUGGGUGAAAGUCAGUUGAAAUAUCAACAGACAUUUAGCACAAGAUGGUUAUCUUUCUACAAUAGUGUUUCAGCAAUUUGUAGAACAGUGAGUUCUCUUAUCACAGCACUCAAAGACGAUGUUGACAAUAAUAGGAACAAUGCCUGUGUGUCUGGACUUCUGAAGAAUAUUGCCAGAUUUGACUUUCUUGCUUUGUCAUUUUUUUUGCUUGAUGUGUUAUCAGUUUUAAACACCACCUGUUUAGCUUUGCAGUCUGAUGGUCUUACUUUUACUGAGGUUAAACAUCACAUUAACGCUUGUCAAAAAGCUGUAGAAGACUUCAAAACUAAAAAGGGUAGAAAUUAUCAAACUUUUAUUGAUACUAUAACACAUGAUACUACCAAUGAUGCUGAUUUGCCAACAGAAGUAGAAUUUUAUGGACAUGUUGUAGCUGCCACUAAAAAACAAAGAGACAAUUUUGCUAAGACGAGUCAGAAAUUUCUUAGUUGUCUCUCAGAAAAUUUGGUUAAUAGAUUCCAUGAAGAUGAUGACCAAAUCAGUUUAGCCUUUGAUAUUCUGGUACCUUCAAAACUACCAGACAAUGAAGACCAGAUUGCAGAAUAUGGUACAGCUGAAAUAGAAAAGUUGAGUGAGUUUUUUGGUACAGAAAAGGCAAGUACCACAUGUGUGGACCCCCCAGUAUGCAAAACAGCUGUAAUUAAUGAAUGGUCUAUUUUCAAACAUGUGAUGCACAAGUAUAGACAGCAGUCUUUCACAGAUUUUUGGGAGUGGGUUUUGAAUAAAUAUAAAUCUGCUUAUCCAAAUAUUUGUAUUUUAGCAACUAUAUGUCUAACAUGUCCAGUGACUUCUGUUAAUGUGGAAAGGGGUUUUUUUCGUUAUAAUAUUGUGAAAACAGCACUGAGAAAUUCUUUGUACACAAAGAGUGUCAACACGUUACUGAUGGUUAAAAUUGAGGGUCCGGACCUCACUGAGUUUAACUUUGAUAACAGUUUUCAACUGUGGUGUUCUAAGAAAGAUAGGAGAGCACUUAAACCAACAUUUCAACAGAAAGUUCAUGUGGAGGAGGCUGAUAAAACCAUGUAUUCUAGAGAGGAUGUUGGUUUCAUGAUGGAGUAUGUUGCCUCCAAAUGUCUUGAUAUUCAACAAGGAGAGGAAACAUGUGACGAUGAAAAAUAA